CAAGCCCUCUUGUCCCAGGCUGAAACUCACAAGCUCUCAGGUGCCCGCAGGUCCAAGAUGGAAUGGCCGUGGCUCUUUCUCUACCUUGUGCUGCACAUCGCAGGUUGCCAGAAAACUCCAAUUUUAUUUCAGACUCCAGGACGUAUCAUAGCCCUGAACAACAGUACGACUGAAAUAUUCUGUACAAUGAAAAGUGAACAGCUUUCCCAGUUAGGAGUCUAUUGGUACCGAUGGAGCCAGAAGAGCCAAGACUUCCAGUAUAUAUUAUAUGCAACUGUUUUGAACAAACAUACCCAUGGCAACGACAUCGACAAAGGCAGGUUUACUGUGACUAAAGAAAGCUUUCGGAACUCGCAGACACUGAGGAUCAGCGGGCUUCAGCAUUUGGACGCAGGCACAUAUUACUGCACUGUCUCCUACAACUCGAAGCUGCUCAUUGGCAAUGGCACAGAACUUACCAUAGUUGAUGUUUUGCCUACUACUACAAAACCGACAGAGAAAACACCGCCCCCAAAGAAGCCUUCGGGGUGCAGAUCCUCCGGCACAGCCUCUGUAAAAAGGAAAGGUUCUUCCUGCAGCGGCUUCAUCUGGGCCCCAUUAGGGGCAUGUGCUGUUAUUUUAUUGGUGUCUCUGGUUGGUGUUAUCUACCGCUUUCAGCGCCUGCGCAGGAGAAUGAGGCUUCAGUUCCGCAAACAGGUACUUAAAUAAGAUGAAUGCCUGGAGGAUUCUUCUGUGUUGCAUAUCAAGUACCUACUGUAAAUGCCACAUGAGCUCAACACCUGGAACACAUGCGCCAGGAGGAAUGUUACGGAAAAUUAUCUGAGACUUGAAAUGCAGAGCAGAUAUUUGCUGUCUGGGAUCCACCUAUCAUGCACCACCACAGUACUAAGUGUUCAAUUACUUACUACAGCUACUUACAAAUUGUAGAGCAGGCCCAGUGCCACAUGCCUCCUUAUUGCCUUCAAUUCCCUCUAAAAUCCUGGGGCCCUGAGGCUGUACAGCACCUUACAGAAGUGACCCCUGGUUUGCCGUGUGAAUUGUCAUGUACAAUAUGGUGUAAAUAGUAUUUUUGUACAAUGUGCUAAAAAAUUCUUCUAAAGAGCUUCACUGCACUCUAUUCAUUCAAUUUCACCUAAUAAAAUAGCA